GGAAUCGCCAGGGCGUAGCCACUGGCUGCCCCCAGCCCUAUCUUGAUCUUGCCAGGUCAGCUGACGUUAUCUACCGAGUCAGAUUUGACUCCAUCUAAUAAUCGGUACCAAAUUUUUCUAGCCGGGCGUGCGCACGACCUGGAAUCUAUAAGAUUGUCAAGGAGCUCAAUUCCACCAAUUCUACUUUCUUUGGUAUACAAUCGCAUAUCAUUAUGACUACCUACACUAAAACAGCAAUCUUGUCUGUCUACGACAAAACAGGUUUAUUAGACUUGGCCAAGGGAUUGGUUGCUGCCAAUGUUCGUAUCUUGGCGUCUGGUGGUACCGCCAAGUUGGUUCGUGGUGCUGGAUUCCCAGUUGAGGAUGUCUCCACUAUCACUAAGGCCCCAGAAAUGUUGGGUGGUAGAGUCAAGACUUUGCAUCCAGCCGUUCACGGUGGUAUUUUGGCCAGAAACUUGGACAGUGACGAAAAGGACUUGGAAGCCCAAGGAAUUGAAAAGGUUGACUUCGUUGUCUGCAACUUGUACCCAUUCAAGGAGACUGUCUCCAAGGUUGCAGUCACCAUUGAGGAAGCCGUCGAAGAAGUUGAUAUUGGUGGUGUCACCUUGUUGAGAGCCGCUGCUAAGAACCACGCCAGAGUCACCAUCUUGUCUGAUCCAAAGGAUUACGCCGGUUUCUUGGAAGAAUUGAAGAGCGGUGAAAUCUCCGACCAAGCCAGAAACAGAUACGCUCUCAAGGCUUUCGAGCACACUGCUGACUACGACGUUGCCAUUUCUGACUUCUUCAGAAAGCAAUACUCGGAGAACGUCUCUCAAUUGCCAUUGAGAUACGGUGCCAACCCCCACCAAAAGCCAGCACAAGCCUUUGUCUCUCAAGGUGAAUUGCCUUUCAAGGUCUUGAACGGUUCCCCAGGCUACAUCAACUUGUUGGAUGCCUUGAACUCUUGGCCAUUGGUCAAGGAAUUGUCCGCUUCCUUGAACUUACCAGCCGCUGCUUCUUUCAAGCACGUUUCCCCAGCCGGUGCCGCCGUUGGCUUGCCAUUGUCUGACAUCGAAAAGAAGAUCUACUUCGUUGAGGACAUCGAAAACUUAUCUCCAUUGGCCAAUGCCUACGCCAGAGCUAGAGGUGCCGACAGAAUGUCUUCUUUUGGUGACUUCAUCGCCUUGUCCAACAUUGUUGACUUGCCAACCGCCCAAAUCAUCUCCAAGGAGGUUUCUGAUGGUGUGAUUGCUCCAGGUUUCUCCGAUGAAGCAUUGGAAAUCUUGAAGAAGAAGAAGGGUGGUAAGUACUGUGUUUUGCAAAUCGAUCCAAACUUCACCCCAGACCAAUUGGAAUCGAGACAAGUCUACGGUAUAACCUUACAACAAAAGCGUAACGACGCCAUCAUCAAGGGUACCUCUUUCAAGGAAUUUGUGUCCAAGAACAAGCAGUUGACUGAGCAAGGUGCCAUUGACUUGACCGUUGCUACCAUUGCAUUGAAAUACACUCAAUCCAACUCCGUGUGUUACGCUAAGAACGGUAUGGUGAUCGGUUUAGGUGCUGGUCAACAAUCUCGUAUCCACUGUACCAGAUUGGCUGGUGACAAGGCCGACAACUGGUGGUUCAGACAACACCCCAAGGUUUUGGGCUUCAAGUGGGCCAAGGGUGUCAAGAGACCUGAGAAGUCCAACGCCAUUGACUUGUAUGUGACUGGUCAAAUACCAACCACUGAGCCAGAAAAGACCGAAUACGAAUCUAAGUUUGCUGAAUUGCCAGAACCAUUAACCCAAAAGGAAAGAGAAGAAUGGUCUGCCAAGUUGGAAAACGUCGCCUUGUCUUCCGAUGCCUUCUUCCCAUUCCCAGACAAUGUCUACAGAGCUGCCAGAUCUGGUGUCAAGUACAUUGCCGCCCCAUCCGGUUCCGUUAUGGACAAGGCCGUUUUCGGAGCUGCCGACUCUUUCGACAUUGUUUACGUCGAAAACCCAAUCCGUUUGUUCCACCAUUAGUGUAUUUUAAUUCUUGGAGUCUAGACUUCAUUAGUUACGUUUAAUCAAGAUCAUCAUUAG